CAAAAAAAUCCAAAUAUCAUAAGAAAAAUAUUAGAAAUGGCUAAUACCAAAGACUCAUACCACAUAAUUACAAUGGAUACCAAAGAAUCUUCAAUUCCAAGUCUUCCUAUGAAAGAAAUUCCUGGUGAUUAUGGUGUCCCAUUCUUCGGGGCGAUAAAAGAUCGUUACGAUUUUCAUUACAAUCAAGGUGCUGAUGAAUUUUUCAGGUCUCGUAUGAAAAAAUAUGAUUCCACUGUCUUUAGAACCAAUGCCCCUCCUGGUCCUUUCAAUGCUCGUAACUCUAAAGUUAUUGUCCUUGUAGACGCGGUUAGUUAUCCCAUCCUUUUCGAUAACUCCCAAGUUGAUAAGGAAAACUACUUUGAAGGUACUUUUAUGUCCUCUCCAUCUUUCAAUGGUGGUUAUAAAGUUUGUGGUUUUCUUGGUACUAGUGACCCUAAACACACCACCCUAAAAGGUCUAUUCUUGUCCACACUAACUAGAUUGCAUGACAAGUUCAUCCCUAUCUUUACUACAUCAAUCACUUCAAUGUUUACAAGUCUUGAAAAAGAACUAUCUGAGAAAGGAACAUCUUACUUCAAUCCCAUAAGUGAUAACUUGUCAUUCGAAUUCCUCUUUCGAUUGUUUUGUGAAGGGAAGAAUCCAAUUGAUACAAGUGUUGGCCCUAAUGGACCAAAAAUUGUAGACAAAUGGGUUUUUCUUCAACUAGCUCCAUUGAUUUCACUAGGGCUUAAGUUUGUACCAAACUUUCUUGAAGAUUUAGUCUUGCACACUUUCCCUCUACCUUACUUCCUUGUAAAACGCGAUCAUCAGAAACUAUACAACGCGUUCUACAACUCCAUGAAGGAUAUUUUAGAUGAAGCUGAGAAACUUGGAGUUAAAAGAGAUGAAGCUUGUCAUAACUUUGUUUUCCUAGCAGGAUUCAAUUCGUAUGGCGGUUUGAAAGUGUUCUUCCCAUCUUUGAUCAAAUGGAUAGGUACAUCAGGACCUAGUUUACAUGCUAGGCUUGUUAAAGAGAUCAGGAUCGCGAUUAAAGAGGCUGGAGGGGUAACUCUUUCAGCUAUAGAUAAAAUGCCUCUUGUUAAGUCUGUGGUUUAUGAAACCCUAAGGAUGGAUCCUCCGGUUCCAUUCCAAACCGUUAAGGCUAGGAAGAAUAUAAUCAUUACUAAUCACGAAUCAUCGUUCUUGAUCAAGAAAGAUGAAUUGAUAUUUGGAUAUCAACCCUUAGCUACAAAGGAUUCAAAAGUAUUUAAGAACGCGGAGGAGUUUAAUCCAGAUAGAUUUGUGGGAUAUGGAGAGAAGUUGCUUAAGUAUGUGUAUUGGUCAAAUGGUAAAGAGAUUGAUAAUCCAAGUGUGAAUGAUAAACAAUGUCCUGGUAAAGAUUUGAUAGUGUUAAUGGGAAGGUUAUUGGUUGUGGAGUUUUUCAUGCGUUAUGAUACUUUUGAAAUUGAAUUUGGAAAACUUUUGCUUGGUUCAAAGGUCACUUUCAAGUCAUUAACUAAAGCAACAUCAUGAAUAUAAUUAGGGUUUGAGAGAAUUAUAUGUAAUGUUUGUAAUAAGGAUGAACUAUCUAUCUCAUAAGAUUUAUAAAAAAAUAAUCUAGCUAGGGGUAGUUCAAAAUCCAAGUUUUCAUAAUGAAAGAGUGUAUUUUUCUAUAUUUUAAGUUUGUAUUAUAAUCUACGCGAUGCGUGGACGAUAAAAUAUUAUCUUAGUAAUAUUUGUUUGAGCAUAUAUUUAAUGGUUAUUGUUAAA